AUCUAUCUCUCACAAAUGAUUCUCAAAGAAUUAUAAAUCAAGCAAUCGAGCUUUUCCACCCUCAACUACAAACUUGCGAUCAGUUGAUUCCUCUAUACCCUGAUUCUAUUUAGCGACGACAUUGCCUCUCCCCCCCAGCCCACAGCAACAAAAGCUGUUCUCUCAAAUUCGCCCCGCCAUCUCGAAAUCAAGUCCGAGCUUAUUUAUACCCCUCACUCAAUGUCUCUCUCCAACGCCCAACCCGUCGACGCCGGCAAGGCCGCCAAAAUCGCCUCUCACACCCUCGCAACCCUCUCCUCGAGCGCCCGAAACGAUGCGCUCACCGCAAUCCACAGCGCCCUCUCCCAAUCCAAGGACGAGAUCCUGGCGGCGAAUGCGCGCGACCUGACGGCCGCCAGGCAGGCGGCCGAGGACGGAUCGCUGAGCGCGAGUAUUGUGUCCAGGCUGGACCUGGGGAAACCGGGGAAGUGGGAGGAUAUGCUGAAGGGGAUACUGGAUGUGCGUGGGCUGGAUGAUCCAGUUGGCAAGGUCACCCUCCGCACCCGCCUAGAUGAUGGCCUAGACCUCGAGAGAGUAACCUGCCCCAUCGGCGUCCUCCUAAUCAUCUUCGAGGCCCGCCCCGAGGUCAUCGCAAACAUAGCCGCGCUGGCAAUCAAGUCCGGCAACGCAGCCAUCCUAAAAGGAGGCAAAGAAUCCACCGAAUCCUUCGUCGCCAUCUCCACCGUAAUUUCCAGCGCCCUCUCCUCCACAGCCGUCCCCAACGACGCCAUCCAGCUCAUCAAGACCCGCGAUGUGAUCCCCCAACUCCUCGCGCUGGACCAGUACAUCGACCUCGUCAUCCCGCGCGGCUCCAACGAGCUGGUCCGCUUCGUCAAGUCGUCGACUAAGAUCCCUGUCCUCGGCCACGCUGACGGGAUCUGUUCCAUCUUCCUCGAGCAGAGCGCCGACCAAGAACUAGCCACGAGAGUCAUCGUCGAUUCCAAAACCACCUACCCCGCCGCAUGCAACAGCGCCGAGACCCUCCUCGUCGAGUCAGCCGCCCUCGGUCUCCUCCCGAAAGUAGCGGAAGCACUGCUGGCCAAGGGUGUCGUCCUGCGCUGCGACGAGGAGAGUAAGAAAGUGCUCGACGAGAAGCUGCCCGCCAACGAGUCUAUCCAGGCUUCCGAGCCCGUAGACUACGACACCGAGCACUUAUCCCUCAAGCUCGCCAUCAAGACAGUCGACUCCACCGAGGCCGCAAUAACGCACAUUAACACACACGGCUCUCACCACACCGACGCGAUCCUAACCUCCUCCUCCGAGCUAGCAGAGCGCUUCAUGGCAGCCGUCGACUCAGCGGGUGUAUUCUGGAACACCUCCACGCGGAUGGCGGACGGUACGCGCGUCGGGUUCGGCACAGAGGUGGGCGUGAGCACGAAUAAGAUCCACGCGAGAGGACCCGUGGGACUCGAGGGGUUGAUGAUUUACAAGUACAAGCUGCGCGGGCAGGGCCAGAUCACGGCCGAGUAUGGGGAGGGUGAGAGCCAGAAGAAGUGGAAGCAUGAGCAGUUGCCGAUAUAGAUGAGAUAGAGGAAGGAAGAGAAGGACGGAUUGAAAAUCAAAAUGAGAGCGUAUAUAGAUGAUAAAUGAAAUGAAGAGAGAAUUGAGAAAGAGGCGUGGGAUUCCAUUGCUGUUUCC